AUAAAAAAAAGGUAUGCCGCCUUCAUAUAUACUUUUCUUUAACAUCCUCAGUUUUCUUGUUGCAGCUUGUUCCCUCUUUUUACUGCCUUUCCCUUCUCUUCUCAACGAUUCCAUUUAUAUAAACAAAUAAGGAAGAAAGGAAUUUCAGUCUCAAUAUAUCCAUUUCACGUUUGGGCACAAACAACAAAGCUCUGAGGUUGUCGUCUUUGUCUUGUUUGUUUGUUUGUUUCUGCUCCUACAAGACAUGCUAUGCCGUUGCCUGCAAUAAGGGACACAUUGUAACACAAAUGGCGGAAUCGAAUUGGGUUAUCGAAGUUAAUCGAAAACUCGAGAACAUGGUGGAUACUGAGGCAGAGAAGGAGCAUUGGAUGAAGCAAUCAAUCUACAGAGUGCCUGCUGCCAUUGCUGAGCUUAACAAGAAAGCUUACAUGCCUCAAGUUGUGUCCUUCGGUCCUUACCACCAUGGCGAAGACCGUGUAAAGCCCAUGGAGGAUCAUAAGAAACGAGCACUCCUUCAUUUCCUUAGAAGAUCCAACAAGCCUUUGGAUUUGUUUGUGGAGUCUUUGAAUAAAGACUUGCAGAAAUUGAAGGAAUGCUAUGAUUUGCUUGAUCCUAUAUGGCAAGAUGACGACAAGUUUUUGCAGCUGAUGAUUGUGGAUGGGUGUUUCAUGCUGGAGAUUCUACGCUCUGCUACUCAUACAAUGGAUGAUUAUGCUCCAAAUGACCCAAUCUUCAGCAACCAUGGGAAGAUACAUGUUAUGCCAUUCAUUAAACGAGAUAUGUUGAUGCUUGAGAAUCAAUUGCCAAUUCCUGUUCUCUACAGCUUGGUUGCUGUAGAUAGCAAUGGAACUAAGGAUGGAGAGUUCGUGAAUAAACUUAUACUCAAGUUCUGUUCCCCACAUACGCCCAUCUUGAACAUGGGACCUUGUUUGCACGUCUUGGAUCUGUAUAGGAAGAGUCUGAUUCAAGACAUAAGGCCAGUACGUAAACGGAGAAAACGACUCCUUAAAUAUCGAAGCUCUUCGCACCAGGAUGGUGACGACAUCAUUCGAUCUGCAAUGGAGCUUCAGGAAGCCGGAAUCCAGUUCAAGAAAAGCAAGACCAUGAGCUUCAAGGACAUCUCGUUCCGCAGCGGUGUACUUAAGCUUCCAGUUAUCAUCGUAGACGAUGCGACAGAGUCAAUGUUUUUAAACCUAAUAGCAUUCGAACGUUUCCAUGUCGGGGCAGGCAAUGAGGUGACAUCCUACAUCUUUUUCAUGGAUAACAUAAUUGAUAAUGAGAGGGAUGUGGCACUUUUGCAUUCCACCGGGAUCAUUCAGAAUGCACUUGGAAGUGAUAAAGCAGUGGCUUACCUGUUCAACUCGCUGUCGAAAGAUAUAACGUUGGAUCCAGAGAGCAGCCUGGAUGAGGUGCAGAAGAAGGUGAACAAGUACUGCAAGAAAGCUUGGAAUGAAUGGCGAGCUAACCUCAUCCAUACCUACUUUAGAAACCCAUGGGCUAUGCUUUCUUUGAUUGGUGCCAUCUUUCUUUUUGCCCUCACUAUAGUACAAACUGUGUACACUAUAUAUCCUUACUACCACGACUCUUCUCCCUCACCCCCUCCACCACUUGCUCCGCCACCUAUGGCUCCUCCACCAAUUGCUCAGCCUCCUACAGCUCCACCAAUGGCCUCUCCGAAACAUAGGGUUCCUUCACAAUCCAAUCGAACUCACCAUUGAUGUAUGAUAUGAUAAAAUAUAAUUCCCUUCCUGCUAAUAAGAUAUGCUGUUUCUGGCUACCCCCAUCAUGCGCAGGUUGGAUUCAUUGCAGAUUUUUACAAGAUUUUUUUUUUUUUUGAAUUAAUUUGAUUCAUAAUAUUGAUGACAUUAUAAUAUGCGUAUACAAAUAAGAAAUAAGUGGAUUUUGCUCUUUUA